ACUUGUCAGUCAACCAUAAUGGCGGCUUUACUGCUGUCAACCAAGAAUUUCAGUUAUUUAAUAAAAAAUCAUGUAAAAUUGAACAAAUCAUACUGUAUUAAUAAUUCUACGAUUCUAAAUAAACCCCAGUUCAAUUUAAAAUGCAAACAGUGUGCCGCCGCAAGUCAUUUCAGGUAUUAUUCUACACCGUCUCCAAACAACGCUGGAAAUACAGACCCAGCGAAAAAUGUUUUGGCAGCAGUACUGGCAAACAAGCCAAAAACCGGAAAAAUACCUGUUGUUGUCCCCCGCACGCAUCCUUUGUUUGUCCGCUUUUUCCUCUUCCAUUACUGUCGUCCUUCCUUUACGUGCGCCUGAUGGUGUAUCUCCCGUCCUUAGGUAUCCAAAAAAGAGACUGCUUUCACCCAGGUGCAUCUGUUUUGUCCCGCGAAGAUAUAAACCUGGCUGAGGCGAAACCGGUCACCGGGACAGAUAUGGUUAGGGGCAUGCUGGAGUAUGUAUGGCCUAGGGAUAAUACCAUGAUAAAAAACCGGGUCAUGCUCUCCUUGUCGCUCCUGUUCGGCGCGAAAGUGAUGAACGUAUCCGUCCCGUUCCUGUUCAAGUACGCAGUGGACGAAGUGAACCAAGCUGCUGUGACGCAGACUGGAGACGUGUUGCUGGGCGUGGCGACGGUACCACAGGCUUUGGGUACAACCGCAUUCAGUCUCAUAGUUGGAUAUGGUAUAGCCCGUGCCACCUCUGCGGGUUUCAAUGAGCUACGUAACGCAGUGUUCGCGAAGGUAGCACAGCAUUCGAUACGGCGUCUCGCGUGCAAUGUUUUCACGCACCUGCACAACUUGGACCUCAGUUUCCACUUGGGUCGACAGACCGGCGCAUUGUCUAAGACGAUAGACCGCGGUUCGCGCGCCAUCAACUUCGUCCUAUCGGCUAUGGUGUUCAACAUAGUGCCCACUAUAUUCGAGCUCACUCUCGUAUCUACUAUAUUGGGCUUGAAGGGUGGGCUUGCAUUUGCAGGACUGGCGUUUGGCUGUGUGGGUAUAUACGCAGCAUUCACACUGGCCAUCACGCAGUGGCGGACGAAGUUCCGAGUCUACAUGAACCGCGCUGAGAACGAGGCGGGCAACAAAGCCAUCGACUCGCUCAUCAACUACGAGACCGUCAAGUAUUUCAACAACGAAAAAUACGAAUUGGAAAAAUAUGAUAUGAGCCUGAAGAAGUAUGAGGAGGCGUCCCUUAAGACUGCGUCCAGUUUGGCGCUGCUGAACUUUGGUCAGCAUGCCAUCUUCAGCGGAGGUCUCAGCAUAAUAAUGCUACUGGCUGCAAAUGAAAUUGCUAAAGGUAAUAUGUCAGUGGGCGACCUGGUGAUGGUGAACGGGCUGCUGUUCCAGCUGUCCAUCCCGCUCGGCUUCCUCGGCUCCGUGUACCGGGAGGUGCGCCAGGCGCUCAUCGACAUGCAGACCAUGUUCACACUCAUGACAGUGCAGUCCAGGAUCAAGGAGAAAGACAAAGCGCCGCCCCUAGUGGUGGACGCGAAGACAGCGACCAUCGAGUUCAAGGACGUGAGCUUUAAGUACAUCAACGGGAAGCCGAUAUUCAAUAACCUGACCCUCACCAUCCCGGCGGGGAAGAAGAUUGGCAUUGUGGGCGGAUCCGGCAGUGGCAAAUCGACUUUGGUGCGGCUGCUGUUCAGAUUCUUCGAGCCACAAUCGGGCCAUAUCUUCAUCAAUGGACAGAACAUAAGGGAUUUAGAUUUGGCUAGCUUGAGGAAGGCGAUCGCUAUAGUUCCACAGGACUGCGUCCUAUUCCACGAUACGAUAUUCCACAACUUGCACUACGGUGACCUGAGCAAGCCCCACGACGAGGUCUACACGGCCAGCAAGAUGGCGGAGCUGCACGAUUCUGUACAGACUUGGCCUAAGGCCUACGAGACGCAAGUAGGCGAGCGUGGCCUGAAGCUGUCUGGCGGUGAGAAGCAGCGGGUGGCCAUCGCCCGCGCCAUCCUCAAGGACUCGCCCAUCAUAGUGUUCGACGAGGCCACCUCCAGCCUGGACUCGCUCACCGAACACGCAAUCCUUCAAGCUUUGAAAGCUGCUACCGUAGGUCGUACAUCUAUUUGCAUAGCGCAUCGACUGUCGACCGUCGCGGAUGCGGACGAGAUUUUAGUCCUUGAAAACGGUUCGAUAUCGGAGAAAGGCACCCAUAAAGACCUCAUCAGUAAUCCAGCAUCACUCUACUAUAGACUAUGGGAGAAGCAAAACAAAAGUGCUAUACCAAAAUGAAACGUACCAGUAUAAUAACAGGGAUCAUGUUUCGCCAGCGAGAUGCGGCAAACGCUGAAUGAAAUAGUUUUGUAUCGAUUCUUUUAUUCGCAUCGAAACUCAAAAGUGUUAAUCGACUAGAACCGUUGUUUUGUAUGGUAUAAAAACUAGUGUGAAUAUUUAAACAUAAGUGUACUAUGUAAAAAGUAUGCAUAAUCGAGGAAAACUUGAAGUAUCAAUGCGUUAGGUGGUUUAAUUUGUAUGAUUUUUUGUUUUUUUUUUUUUUUUUUUUUUUGUAGCAUUUAUCGCAGUUUUUUUUUUCUUUUUAAAUUAUUCCAAAUUUGAAUUUCAAAUAUUCAUUCUAUGCAUACAGUAUAUUUAUACUAGUCGCAUUGUACUCAAAGAAUUGCAGAUUCUUUUAUAUUUAUUUUAAUUUUUAAUAUCGCCCCGUACUUAAAAAAAAGCCAUAGUACUGGCUAAUGACCUAUUUAACAUUUGAUGUCAAUUCCAUAAAGGUUUAUCGCAUUUAGAGUAUUAGAAAAAAGGGCAGUGGGUAAAUUUUGUAAAUACAUUUUUUCCUUUAUAGUAUACAAUCUGGUAUCCCGAUUUGAUAACAAAUUAUUUGUCUCGUUGUCAUCUCAUUGGCUUGUUAUUUUAAAUUUUUUUUUUGGCUUUUCUUUUUUUU